AAGGGUAGCCACCCCCGCAACACCGGUCAGAAGACAACCGGAGGAGCCAUGCUGUAUUUGCAGCAAGUGCUCAACGAGAUUCGCAAGGAGUCCAAUCCUCCGAAAUCUCUGCGGGCGGAGCACCUCUUCAAGCUCAAUGAGGCCGUGUUCAACCUUUCCGAAGAGGAUGCUGUGGAUGGUCCUUUGGCGGUAAGACUCUUUCAGGCUGUGGAGAGGAUCCACACGGCAUACAGCACGGGCAAGUACGAUAACACAGACUCCAACUUUUUCUAUGACUACCUGGCUUUGCUGGGCACCAUGCAGAACCAACACUUCUUUAGCCAGAAGCAGACUGAGAAGAUGCUGGGCUGGAUCAAAGAAGUGGUGGACGGCAGCGGCAUGCUGGGCUCCGACAAGGCGCUGGAGGCCGAGAACGAGAAGCUCAGAAAGAAGCUCGCGAAGCUGGAGGGGGCCGUCCAGGCGAUUCGCAGCAUCGAGGAGCCCAAAGCCAAAAAGAAAUUGAAGGAGGAGCCUGCCAAGGCGCCAGGCAAGGGUAAAGGCAAGGGCAAGAGCAAGUACGAGGAGGAGGAGGAGGAGGAGGAGGAGCCGAAGGGAAAAGGCAAGGGCAAGGGCAAGGGAAAAGGAAAGGCUUUGCCAAAGGAAGAGCCCAAAGGCAAGGGCAAAGGCAAGUCCAAAGGCGUGGAGAAGGGCGAGCCAAAAGGAAAGGGGAAAGGGAAGAGCAAAGCAGUUGAAUACGACUACGAAGAGCCCGUGAAGGGCAAAAGCAAAGGCAAGGGCAAGGGCAAAGGCAAGAGCAAGGAGGAAGAGCCUCCUCCCCUAAGGGCAUCCAAGGGCAAAGGAAAGGGCAAGGGCAAAGAAGAGGAGACCAAAGGCAAGGGCAAAGGGAAGGCAAAGGGCAAAAAGGGCUGGAAGGGGAAGUGAAGCUGGGCGUGAGACAGCGGGGGCAGGGCGUGUGUCCAAGCUGCA